AUGACGGGUAUGGUGGGCGAACCAGGUGCAUCCUUUUCCCUGAAAGGAAAAAUCAACAAACCUGAGAAGCUGGACAAGCCUGAGAGCUGUGAUAAUGUCAAGGUUGUUGUCCGAUGCAGACCUUUAAAUGAACGUGAGAAAGCAAUGGGCUACAAGAUGGCAGUUAACGUGGAUGAGAUGAGGGGAACGAUCACUGUUCAUAAAACGGACUCUUCCAAUGAACCUCCAAAGACGUUUACAUUUGAUACAGUUUUUGGACCAGAGAGUAAACAGCUUGAUGUCUAUAAUUUAACUGCAAGGCCAAUUAUUGACUCUGUUCUGGAAGGAUAUAAUGGCACCAUUUUUGCAUAUGGGCAGACUGGAACAGGCAAAACUUUUACCAUGGAGGGUGUCCGAGCAGUUCCUGAACUUAGAGGAAUCAUUCCCAAUUCAUUUGCCCAUAUAUUUGGUCACAUUGCAAAGGCAGAGGGGGACACAAGAUUUUUGGUCCGAGUGUCUUACUUGGAAAUUUACAACGAGGAGGUGCGUGACCUGCGAAUGGGCAGGCUUGCAUCCUUAAGAACAACUGGUGUUAAAGAGAGACCUGAUGUGGGAGUUUACAUCAAAGACCUUUCAGCUUAUGUUGUCAAUAAUGCAGAUGAUAUGGACAGAAUCAUGACGCUAGGCCACAAAAACCGUUCUGUUGGUGCCACUAACAUGAACGAGCACAGCUCCCGCUCCCAUGCUAUCUUCACUAUUACCAUUGAGUGCAGCGAGAAAGGGGUCGAUGGAAAUAUGCACGUUCGCAUGGGCAAGUUGCACCUGGUAGAUCUUGCUGGGUCAGAAAGACAAGCAAAAACUGGAGCUACAGGGCAACGACUGAAGGAAGCUACAAAAAUUAACCUGUCGCUUUCUACUCUGGGAAAUGUCAUUUCUGCACUGGUGGAUGGCAAGAGUACUCAUGUUCCCUACCGUAACUCUAAACUGACUCGACUUCUGCAGGACUCCCUGGGGGGGAACUCAAAGACCAUGAUGUGUGCAAACAUUGGUCCAGCAGACUACAAUUACGAUGAGACUAUCAGUACGCUCCGAUAUGCCAAUCGUGCCAAGAACAUCAAAAAUAAGGCCAGAAUUAAUGAAGAUCCCAAGGAUGCCCUGCUCCGUCAGUUCCAAAAGGAAAUAGAAGAGCUCAAAAAAAAACUGGAGGAAGGGGAAGAAAUCUCUGGCUCUGAUAUCAGUGAUUCUGAAGAGGAGGAUGAAGACGAUGAGGGGGAGAUUGGAGAGGAUGGGGAAAAACGAAGAAAACGAAGGGGCAGUAGCAGCAGCAGUAGUUCAGACUCCACAUGCUCUGUCAUAGAGAAACCUCUGGAUAAGUCCUUCACUAAUCAAGCAGGCAAGAAGAAAGUUUCUCCUGAUAAGAUGGUAGAGAUGCAAGCAAAGAUUGACGAAGAGAGAAAAGCACUUGAAACCAAGCUCGACAUGGAAGAGGAAGAGAGAAACAAAGCCAGGGCAGAACUGGAGAAGAGAGAAAAGGAUCUGCUGAAAGCUCAACAAGAGCACCAGUCCCUGCUGGAGAAACUGUCAGCCCUGGAGAAGAAAGUGAUUGUGGGAGGGGUGGACUUGCUGGCAAAAGCUGAGGAGCAGGAAAAACUUCUUGAGGAAUCUAAUAUGGAGCUUGAAGAACGAAGGAAAAGAGCAGAGCAGCUUCGCAAGGAGCUUGAGGAAAAAGAGCAAGAGCGCCUGGAUAUUGAGGAGAAGUACACCAGCCUGCAGGAGGAAGCACAGGGCAAGACCAAGAAACUGAAGAAAGUCUGGACUAUGUUAAUGGCUGCCAAAUCUGAGAUGGCAGAUCUGCAGCAGGAACAUCAGAGAGAGAUUGAAGGGUUGUUGGAGAAUAUUCGACAGCUGAGCAGGGAGCUGCGCCUUCAGAUGCUCAUCAUAGAUAACUUCAUACCUCAGGACUACCAGGAAAUGAUUGAAAACUAUGUUCACUGGAAUGAAGAUAUUGGAGAAUGGCAGCUGAAAUGUGUCGCAUAUACAGGAAACAACAUGAGAAAACAGACUCCAGUCCCAGAUAAAAAGGAAAAAGAUCCUUUUGAGGUGGACCUUUCCCAUGUUUAUCUAGCUUACACUGAAGAAAGCCUCAGACAGUCUUUAAUGAAACUAGAAAGACCAAGAACUUCAAAAGGAAGAUCAAGGCCUAAAACUGGGAGAAGAAAACGUUCUGCAAAGCCAGGAGCUGUAAUUGAUUCUCUGCUUCAGUAGGCAGCACAGAUUCAGGAUGGAAGUAAAGAUCAAUGCAUGUUGUAUGUCUUGGCCCAAAACCACAGCUCAUUGGAAAUAUUGAGGAAUUUGCGCAGCAUGAUACAAAGGUGGCUGUGACACUGUCUUAUGGGUAUGGAGCUCUUUUUCAAAACAAAUGAAUUUUUUUCCCCUUAACUACCAUUAUACUGUAUGUUAUAUUAACAUAAUGUUAAACCAAUAUCUACGGUGGUUGUGAAAUUGUCAAUGUAUUAUACAGUUUGUUGUGCAGGGAAACUCUUGGCAGUAACCCUUGUUGAAAUGUAUAGAAGGCACGCACAUUAGGUAUGUGUUUCAGUGUUACAAUAUAUUAGCUCAGUAUGUUUGAUAGGGUCCUGACCUUUUAAAUCCUGGUGAAUCUGUUUAAAGUCCUGCUUUGCACAUAGAAACUGGCAGCUUACACUGUUGUCCUGUGUUGCACUGUUACGUAUAUUUGAAUGUGGUGGCUGCAAAUUCAUAAUAUAACUAAAGCAGAACACUGAAUCCCUCCCUUAGCUUUGUAAAUACUCUGUGAUUGUAGCUGUUACAUGUGUGUCAUACACAAAACAACAGGUUUUCUUUCUGUUACAUUAGCAACUAAGACAUAUGUAGUCGUACUAUAUAUCGUCGCAGAUAGGGCAGCUUUUUAAAAAACCUGAACUGUGCAAAUCCAGGACCUUCUGGCGGGGGACCAUGUUUUGCUGAUGUGCAAAUGAGAACCAACCUGUUUCAGUUCCGUUUUAUAUUACGUACUGUUACACUUUUAUUUUUCCUGUGUGAUCUCACACAGUCGAUUGGCAUCUUGGAGGAUGGUCACAACUGAGGUCAGUGCAAGAGAACAAAUCCUUCUCAUAAAAAAAAGUUUCUUUGCAUUGUGGCCUUGGCCACACUACAGUUGCAGCGGGGGAACGUGUUUAAUUGGUCCCUUGCAUUAUUUUGCUACUUGCUCUGCUGUCAGUUUGGAUGGAAAAGGUGGAUGCCCCGGGGGGUGAAAUGGAACACGGCAAACAUGUAAUGCUGCUUGAGUCUAGGCAUGGCUGGAGCUCAGCUGACCACAGUUGAUCCAAAACAUGUAGAGCCUGUGCUCCUACAUUUGUCCAUGUGCCUGUGUAGACUAAGCAAUCUUUUCUCCGUUAUGCUAAGAGGAAUGGAGGCUGCUGUCUUUCAGAUAAGUCUUUUGCAGUGGCUGCUGUUGCCUUGCAAGUCCAGUUGUUCCUUUUGAAAGUUGUGCUGCUGCUAAAUCUGAACAUUUUAAUAUACUGCUCUUGUCAUGUGCAAAUAACUAGUGCUGGGAUGCAGUGGUUGCAGCAGUCUUAAAGCUUCCUAAGCCAGGAUUGUCUUAAAUGUCUGUAACUUCAGUGUGACUUUAUAAAGUUGCCUAGAGAGUGAAAGCUGCAAUUGCUGCCAUGAAACAUAAAAGCCCCUAAAAGUAACUGAACAACAGCUAGCACAAUCAAAGCUCAGGUGUAACAAACUUGUUCUAGUAACAAGCUUUGCAGUUGCUUUGUUCUUGAUGUGGAAAACUGUCAGAAGCCUCAAAUCACCAAUGUGUCCAUGGCGCCAUCUUAGUACUUGGUGGCCUUGCUAGAUGCAUCAUGGAGCACUUUUAUGUGAGUGUAUAUGAGAGCUGUUAGUAGCAACUAAAAUUUGAUCUUACAAGGACAUAUUUAACUUGAGCUAAAUUCAGUGGCCUUCUAGGUAAGCUCAGUUAGCCUGGACUUGUUGUCUUGUUAAAUAAUAAAUUAAAACUCAUUGGUCAAAGGAGGAUCAAAACACUUUGGAGCUUAAUAUCUUCACAAAACCAUAAACCAAAUGAGCACUUCCACUGAAUCAAGUAGCCUCAAAUACUACCAAAAAUUGUGAUAUUUGUAACGCUGCUCGGCCAACCUACCAAAACUAUAAACUAAACCUAGAUAAUGGAACUGGGAAAGGAUCAGUACAUUUAAAAAAAAAAUCCUUUUUCCCCUUAAAUAUAACUUUGUGUGAUAAUAUGAAAUUAAAUUAAAAAUAUUUCAUUAUUGCACAAAUUGCAUUUACAGAGCCAAAAUUUGAAAUGUAAACGAGGGCAGCAAAAUUGUUUCAUCAUUGCAAGGCCUGUCUUUCUUUAAAAACAAGAACAAAAAAACCCACACUACUUUUAAGCUAAGCUCGUUAUGCUGUGUCAAUUUGAAUCCGCUACUUAACUUUAUAGAAGAGUUGAGCGAAACUUCGGCACUGCUUUUUAUUUAUUUAUUUAUUUAUUAUAACACCGUUUUUAAAAAGAGGGAGCAUCUCAAGUGCUUGCUCUGUUUUAAGGUGCCCCUGCAUCUUGUUUUUUUUUUUCUUCACCAAAAAAAAAAAAAGCUUUGGGAUUUUUAAACCAAUCUUAUUGCUGUAAGCCGAUGCAAACUUCUGGAAACAACUGAGUUGUCUGACAGUCUUACAAGCUAAAGGACUGAAAAGGGACCAUAACAGCCCAAAAGCUGCAGCAGUGAUCCCACUCACUCCUGCCAAGGGAGAGGACUUUGCAGCUCCGCAAGGCCCAAGCUCCAGGCGAGCUCCUGGUUCUAGCUGCACCACGUAGCGCUGUGGCUUGGGCCAGUUCUGUAGGAGCUGAAGUUACUUGGUGAUUUGUAAUAGAAGAGAUCCUGUUGUGGCUACAGGAAGCAGCAAUGAAGGAAAGCUUUGAGGUAUUUUCCCCCUGUGUGGUACUCUUUGAAAAUGACCUUAAUGGUUAGAUAGACACACACUUUUCGGGCUUAAAGACAUCCAGACUACCCCUACCAAAAUGACAGUUGACUCCAAAUAUAUGUGCAUUAACAGUUUGAUACGAGGUGUGAAUUCCCAUCUCUCCAAGAAAGAGAUACCAGCUAUAGUUAAGAGGCAGUUAGCUUUUUUAAAGCAAAUGAUGCAAGCUUCCUCUCCUCCCAGUCCGUAAAUAAAAUCAGUACUCUCUGGGACAGGCUCGCUGCCUGGGAUUUUGUCACAACUUUAGUUUUGAAGGAAAAACAUACCUGCUAUUAAAAAAACAAAACAAACAACAAAAAAAAACCAUGAAGAAGAAAUUAAAUCCCUCAAGCAGGUUCAAGUUUUAGUACCUUGGAGACUUAAUUGUUCUUUUAAAGUUUGAGUGUUCGGCUUGGUUUAUAGGCCUUGUUCUAAAAAUAUACAGAUCUGGUCUGUGGGUUUACCACAUAACCCUACCCUGUAGCCCUACACAAAGACUUGUCCAUAAUUAAUUGUAAAAUGUGUUUUUUAAAUUAAUUUUAGGUGAUAAUGCUGUUCUGAUCUCAGUUCAGUCCUUGCUUCUAUAGUGGUUACUUAACUCUUGCUCUUUGUGUGUGCAACUCCUUUUUCUCCCUACCAAAGGGCCACAUCAGUUCAGAAAUGUUGACUUGAACACUACAUUUUCCUGAGUCUGUCAGUUUGUCACAUUCUUAACAUUACAAUAGAACAUAUUUUAAUUUUUCCUGGUUCUGGGGUUGCUAGAUGAAGGGGGGGGGGGGGAAUCUUCCUUAGUGCCUUUCACUAACUUACACUAUAGUCUGUAUGCUAAAUUUAUAGCUAUUUCUGUUUUGCCAAUUCUGUACAUAGACAAAAAUGCUAGUUGUACAAUUUGCUCUCUAUUUAUUGGUUUGCUAACUUUGUUGGAAGUAAGGUUUUAAUUAUUAAUUGUACUUUUAUGUAUAAAUUGUAUUCACUCAUAUAUAACAGUAUUGUGUGUCUAUGUGGAGCAUGUUCAUGCCAGGAAAUAAACAUCUCAAAUCCUG